UUAAUUAUUUUUAUCUUUUAGCUUUCAAUAUGCCUACUGUAUAUAGUGUUGUUGAAACGUUUCAGGGAAUUUUGAGUCGGAAAAUUGAUAGUUGUGCUUCAUUUUCGUCGGGUAGGCCGACAGUUGGAAGGCCAGGUAUUGUUAAUUGUUUAUUUUUGCAUCAUUUGGCUCAGGAUAUGCAGAUGUUAAUUGAUUUUUUAAUAGAGGUUGGAUUGUUGAAGGCUGCAGUGUGUAAGAAAUGGGGGUCUGGUAUGAACUAGAAGUUGAAGAAGUCGUAUUCGGAUGGAUUUGUGUAUGUUUGUCGCAAAAUGGUAGAUAGUAAUCAGUGCAACACUGAAAUGUCGGGCAUAAUAAGGCAUAAUUCUUGGUUUUCGAAGUCUAAGCUUAAGUUGUUUGAGGUUUUGUUGAUCACGUAUGAGAUUUUGAGAGGCACUAAGACAGGUAGGAUUGCGGAGGAGUAUGGUUUCUCUAGUACUACUUUAGCAGAUUGGAGGCAAUUCAUUAACGAGACCAUUUUGAAUUAUAUUCAGGAGAAUUCUGAGAAGGUAGGUGGGGAUGGUGUUGUUGUGAAAAUAGAUGAGUCGAAGUUUGGCAAAAGGAAGUACAACAGGGGUCAUAGUGUUGAAGGUCAGUGGGUUUUUGGUGGUGUUGAAAGGGGAUCAGGUAAGGUUUUUCUAGUUGCUGUGCAUGAUAGGUCUCAGGAGACGUUGUUGUCGCUAAUUAAGGAAUGGAUUAAGCCAGGUACGUCUGUUUUGUUCUGAUUGUUGGAAAAGUUAUGAUUGUUUAACGGAUGAGGGUUUUGAUCAUUUAAAGGUAAAUCAUUCUUGUAAUAUUUGUAGACGCCGAUUCCGGGUGUCAUACAAAUACAAUUGAAAGUACGUGGAGGCAUGUUAAAGCUUCUUUGCCUACGUACAAUCGCAAGGCAGAUUAUAAAUUUUACCUCGCGAUGUACAUGUUUCGUAAAUCAUGUUUAGCGGCUAAUGUUGAUUGUUUCAAUAAAUUUAUUAA